CAGUAGUAGAAUUUUGCUCAUGGUGCGUGCAUCACAUCGGUAGUACACUGAACUAACCGUUUCUAUUUCCAGUUAGACAAUAUUUCUAACAACAAUUGACAAAACUAUUAUAAUAUAAUUAGUAAUUUUGUGCUUCUUCGUUUUCUAUGACAUUGACACUACUUUAACAAUCAAGUGUGAAUAUUAUUUUAUCAAUCUGAAAUAAAAACUCUCUAUUGACAACAAUCAGAAAACCUAAUAAUAAAAAACAUUUUCUUCUCUCACAACUAAUUUGGAAAUCUUUGUCACGAUGGAGUAUUCUACUUUGCUUCUGACUAUUUUAACAGCGAUUAUUUGUUUAUAUUAUUUUGUUCUAAAUAAGUUUAAAUCAUCUUACUUUGAGCAACUGAACAUUCCUCAUCUGCGACCGAUUCCAUUGUUGGGUAACAUGGCGCCUUAUGCUUUUCGACGUAUAUCUCAUAUGGAGCUUCUACAAAAAAUGUAUAAUCUCUUUCCGGACGCAAAAUUCUUCGGUCUCUACGAUUUUUUAACACCGAUCUUCGUUAUUCGUGAUCCAGAUUUGAUUUCCACGAUCGCUAUAAAACAAUUUGACAACUUCUGCGACCACCAAGGCUUUGUUAACGAAAUUCUUGAUCCAAUAGCUGCCAAAAAUCUGUUUAACCUGCAAGGGGAUCACUGGCGCGAAAUGCGAAAACUUUUUAGUCCCAGUUUCACAUCCAGCAAGAUGAAGAUGAUGUUUGGACUUAUGUGUCAAUGCGCCGAGAACUUAACCAAUUUUGUGAUAACGCAGUCCGGAGAAGCGAUCAAAACGUAUGAUAUGAAGGACUUGCUUUCCAAAUACACUAACGACACAAUAGCUACGUGUGCCUUCGGUAUCGAGGUGGAUUCUUUUAAAAAUCCAAACAACGAAUUCUUCUUACUUGGCAAGGAAGCAUUAAAUAUUAAUAACCCUUGGUUGGCUUUCAAGUUUCAAAUGCAUCUCAACUUCCCGCAACUUGCGAAACUUUUUAAGCUAAGAAUGUUUGGCCCAAGGGUAGAGAAUUUUUUCAAAAAUGUCGUUGCUACCACAGUGAAAGCCAGAGAUGAACAGGGAAUUGUUCGCCCAGACAUGAUUCAAUUAAUGAUGGAGAACAGAAACAAUGAUAAUGGAAUUGAGUUCGACAUCAAUGAAAUGACUGCCCAGGCGUUCGUUUUCUUUCUCGGUGGGUUCGAUACCAUAUCAACAGCUAUGUGUUUCAUAACGCACGAAAUCAGUAUCAAUCCUGAUGUUCAAGGAAGAUUGAAAGAAGAAAUCGACGAUGUUCUCAAACAGACCAAUGGUAAACCUACCUACGAGGCUAUUAAUCGCAUGAAGUAUUUAGAUGCCGUGAUAAAUGAAACUCAGAGAUUGUAUUCAAUAGCACAUUUCCUUGAAAGAAAAUGUGUCAAAGAGACCGAAUUACCACCAGCGACUCCGGAUGGUAAACCAAUCGUGGUAAAGCCUGGAGAUCGCAUAUGGUUCCCAGUUUUCGCUCUGCAUCGCGAUUCAAAGUACUAUCCGCAUCCCAAUAAGUUCGAUCCAAACAGAUUCCUUAAUGGUGAUGUAGACAAUUCAGUCUAUAUGCCAUUUGGUAUUGGACCCAGAAUCUGCAUAGGUAACAGAUUCGCUCUAAUGGAAAUAAAAAUCAUGCUGUUCUAUUUAUUAUGGCAUUGUGAUAUUGAACUCGAUGUUAAAACUAAAAUUCCAUUGACGUUGAAAAAGAAAACUAUAGCGUUGUGGCCGGAUGGAGAUUUUUGGUUGAAGUUACGACCGAAGAAAUCAAAGAUUUCUGUUACACCAUGUUUAUCAAAUGGAAUUGAGGGACAGUAAUAAUGCAUAUUUACAAUUUGUUUCAAGUAUGAAAUUAUAUAUUUAAUGAUCAUUUAA